AUGGAGCUCUUCUCUGUUCCUCGGCGGGGACCCGAGCUUGCUGAUGUGGUGGCCCUCGACUCCGGCGAAGCCAAAGGCCAUCACCAUCACCAUGGAACAAGUCAAGGAGGAGGCCAUCGCUAUGGAAGGAAGGUCAUGAAGAGGGGGGAGAGGGAAGGGGAAAACAUCAGAAAAGGAAAGGGCGGCGCAGUGCGCUGCUGUGGCCGUCGCCGCCGUCGCCGGCGGCAGGCGCACGACGCGGUGGCCGGUGGGCGCAGAGACGCCCGAGCGGCACGGGGGAGAGGGCUUGGCAGAGUCUCUCUCGCGCUCGCUGUCAAAGGAAAGGAGGGGGAAAGGGCAGGCUCGCGCAGCGGCGCAGUGGCGCUGGCCGCCGUCGCCGGCGAGCUGGGCGCUAGAGACACCGCCGCCGUGGAGCAAGAGGCGGAGAAGCCGAGCGGCGCGCGAGAGGAACAGAGAGAGAUCGAGAAUGGGGCUAGGGUUCGGGAGGAACGGGUCGGCGCUGGUUUUGAUCCAGCGAUGCGCACGGUCGGCCGUCAGAUCUCCAUGAACGGCCCGGAUCGGAACCCUAACCCCCUGUGGGCUUUUGGGCCGAAAGUGACCGCGGGCCAGGCCGAAGCAGGAGGCUUUCACUUGAUGAGUUGCCUAAAAGAAGUUCCGACACUCAGAGGUAACAACCACACUAAGUGGAGGAAGAAAGUUGAACUGGCAUUUAUUUGUACUGAUCUUGACUGGGUUGUGGUGAAACCACAGCCGGUCAGACCCACAGAGCCAGUAAGAGAGGCCACUGAUGAUGAUGCUGCAUGGGCUAAAAAGAAGGGGGACUAUGCUCCUUUGGAGCAGUCCUACCUCAUAGAUAACCAAAAGUGGGUCAAUGCAAACAAAAAGUGCAUGGCUUUUAUAAAGAAUACAAUUGAGAGCGCCAUUGUGGGCUCCAUUCCAGAGUGCACUUUCGCAUGGGAGUUGCUUACAAAGAUAAAGAGCCAGUUCACUGGCUCUUCAAAGAUCUAUGCCACCCAGGUGUUAGAGCAACUGGUGACAGAACGCUACACAGGUGGUAGUCGUGGAAUAAGAGAGCACAUCCUCAGGAUGAGUAAUAUGGCAGCAAAGCUCAAGCCCAUGGAUGCGGAUCUGGAGAUCAAACCAGCGCUCCUGGUCCACCUGGUCAUGGCUUCACUGCCACAGGAGUUUGCAACUUUUGUUGUAAACUAUAAUAUGUCACCUGGAACAUGGGACAUUGAAAAGACAAUAGCAAUGUGUGUCCAAGAAGAGGACAGACUCAAAGCCGCACAUGGUGGUUCAAUCAACUAUGUGAAGGAUUGGAAGAAAAAGAACUACAAUCAAAACAACAAAAGUUCUCCUUCAAAGAAUGGAAAAGCCCCCUAUCAGCAUCAGCAUCAGCAACAACCUUUCUCAGUGGACAAAGACACGUGUCUCCACUGCAAGCAGAAAGGGCAUUACAAGAAAGACUGCGCUGCUUGGCUGAAGUCAGUCAUGGCAAAAAGAGGGAUUCCAUUCGACGCGAACUACGCUAAGAAGCGAAAGACGCAUUGAAGUGGCAAACGGAGUUGAAGCAGAAGUUGAAGCUGUCGGUGAUAUCUCCUUGGAGUUAGCUGGCGGAUUCAAUCUUCUACUUAGAGAUGUUUUAUUUGUUCCAUCAUGUCAUAGAAACUUAAUUAGUGUUUCUUGUUUGGACAAA